AUGUCUUCACCAACCUACACAGAGACCGUUCAGGCUGGAAAUGAAGAUGCGUCAGACUCUCAGGAGACGGUGUCCGCAGCUGCGGAGCUAUCCCUUGAAGAAGUCGAAUUCAGCGCGCGAAAGGCACCCCAGCCCUGGACACUUCCCGAUCCCAAAAAUGCCAUACAGACAGCCACGAACGACGACAUCAAGAUCCUCCUUCAAGGCCUGAUCAACCAGUGGGUUGACCCCGCCAUUGCAUGGACGAGCAGUCGCAACAUCGUUAAUAUGACGAUCCAGGACGCCGAAAAGGCGUUCAAGGACCAGGGCAAGACGGGGCCAACUGGGCAGCUGCGGAAGGCCAUCGAGAAGAGCAGCACGCUCUUCCGCAUCGACCUGCAGACGCACUUUGACAUCGAGUUCCAGGACGGAAAGAAUGUCGGCGUGCAGUGGAUGGCGAACCUUCAGGGGCAGUACGACACGGGAACGUACUUCCACCUGAAUGUUACAGCGAAGGCACGUAAGACGGACGCCAAGUAUGUGCAGUGGGGCGCGGCUGCACUGAAGGGAUGGCUGCAGGAGAGCCUGAACAAUCACAAGAGUGUCACCAUCGUCACCAGCAACCCAAGUAUUCCAAACCCUACCAAUAAGGUGAAUACGUACACACGGACCACGGGGACUGCGGGGGGCAUUGGAUAUAUCAAGUUUGUUAAGAAUUGA